AUUGAACCUAAAGCCUCCUCCUCUAAAAUAACCAAUUUCCAGUUAGAUCUUGGUUUCUCCAACUCUAUAUUGAACUCUUCUAAUAGAAUUUGGAUCAUGUGGAAGGAGGAGGACUUAAACUACAUAUCCCACACAGACAUGGGUCAGAUCACCAAUAUUCUUUUCUUCAACAAAAAAGUCAGCAAGGAUUUUCUUUUCUCAGCCAUCUAUGGCAAACACACCAAAGAAGAAACGAAAGAUCUCUGGGAAGCUAUUAAGACCUGUAGCCAUAACUACCAUUGUGAUUGGAUACUAGGAGGAGACUUCAAUGCUAUCUCCUCUAUAGAUCAUCACAAAGGCACUAGGUCACUGGGCAGAUUGUGGAAAAGACUUGACAGAGUCUUUAUCAGCAGCCAUUGUCUCAACAGUUUUGAGGACAUUACCUCUCAACACCUUCCUAGAGGCACUUCUGAUCACUGCCCCAUCUUAUUAAAAGCCUCUAACCCUAUUUUCACUGGCCCUAGACCUUUCAGGUAUAUCAACUGUUGGUCUAAGAAUCACACUUUCAUAAAAGUCCUUGAAGGAAACUGGGGAAAAUACUGUGGGGGAGGAAUGAAAGGACUCAUGGAUAAACUUAGUAAGCUCUCAAAGGUUCUCCAGCAUUGGAACAAAACAACUUUUGGCAACAUCACUUCUACAGUUGAGGCCCUGGAAAAAGAUCUCCAACAAGCAGAACAAGAAUUUGAUGCUAAUCCUACCCCAGACAAUAGAGCUUUCAUGAAUGAAAAAAGGGCCAACCUAAUUCAUGCAACUAAGAAUGAAUUUUUAUUUUGGAAGCAAAAAGCAGGCAUCAAAUGGCUCAAAGAGGGUGACUGUAACUCCUCUUUCUUUCAUGCCAAAAUCAAGGAAAAAAGAAUCCAUCAAAAAAUCCAUAGAAUCAAAGAUUCUUAUGGCAACUGGUUGGAGAACACCAAUGAUAUCCAACAUGAGGCAACUAACUUCUUCAAGGCCCUCUUCUCCAAUCACAAUUGUGAGGGCAUGAACAAGUUCCUGGACAAUAUCCCUCUCCUAGUGGAUGACUCAAUUAACACUACUCUUACCAAACUCCCUACUGAGGAAGAAGUGAAAGAGGCAGUUUGGAGUCUUGAUCCAGAUAGCUCAGCUGGACCAGAUGGGUUUACAGGAGACUUCUAUAGACAAGGAUGGGACACUAUCAAGGAAGAUGUGAUCAAGGCUGUCCAGGAAUUUUUCCUGGGAAUCCCUAUUCCCAAAUCUAUGGGGAAAACCACCAUCAUCCUUAUUCCUAAAAAAGAAAACCCCUCCUCCUUUGAUGAAUAUAGACCCAUUUGCCUCUCCAAUUUCAUAGCCAAAAUUAACACUAAAAUUCUAGCUAUGAGACUGGGACAUUUCCUUCCUAACCUUAUUUCUUCUGAACAAGGGGGGUUCAUCAAAGGCAGACAGAUUCAUGAUCAGAUCCCGAUUGCUCAAGAAUUGAUCCAUGGAAUCAACUACAAAUCAAGAGGAGGAAAUAUUGCCAUUAAGCUGGACAUCUCCAAAGCCUUUGACAGAGUCUCUUGGGAAUUUUUGGUCAUGGUUCUUGAAAAGUUUGGAUUCAGUGACAGAUUUAAUACCCUGAUUCUUAACAACCUUAAAUACACCUAUCACUCUAUCCUUAUCAAUGGCUACCCCUGCAAACCAUUCCAACCCCAAAGAGGACUAAAGCAAGGUGACCCCUUAUCUCCUCUCCUUUUUAUCUUAGCUGCUGAAAGUUUCAGCAGAACCCUCAAAGUGGACACCAACAAUGGGAAUUUGAAAAGCUACAACAUGGGCAGACACCUACUACCCAUAUCCCAUCUUGCUUUUGCUGAUGACUUGAUUCUUUUCAGUAAUGGAUCAAUUAGCAAUCUACAGAAACUGGCUAAAUUCCUAAAAGAUUAUGAGGUGGCUACUGGACAAGCUAUCAACUUACAAAAAAGUUUCUUUUACACUCCUGACAAGACACCCACAGCCCAGGCCUCUAAGAUGGGGAAAAUCCUAUACAUGCAGAGAGGUUUCUUUCCCUUUAAAUACCUGGGCACUCAAAUCCACAGAGGAAUCAACAGGAAAAACUACUGUGGGGACAUUCUUGAACACUUUGAUCAGAAACUCCAAGGAUGGACUAAGCACCUGCUUUCCCAAAGUGGAAGACUUAUCCUAAUCAAACAUGUUUUGAGUUCCAUUUCUCUACAUAUCCUUGGAACCACCAAACUCCCUAAAAGUGUCACUACAUGCCUCAACGGGAAAAUGGCCAAUUUCCUCUGGGGUUCCAAAGGAGACAACCAUAAAUACCACUGGCAACAUGGAAGGACAUCUGCAACCCUAAAGAGGAAGGAGGACUGGGCAUUUAUAAUCUGGAUACCCUUCAAGACUCCUAUGGGUUGAAAAUGUGGUGGAGUUACACUCACAAGAACUCCUUUUGGGCAAAUUUCAUCCACAAAAGAUAUCCCAAGGGAUUCAAUUCCCCACCCAAACCCACUGACUCCCCUAUUUGGAAAAGGCUCCACCAUAUCAAUGAUACUGCCUAUAACCUAUUCCACCUAAACCAACACAACACCAUUUGCUGGAAUGAGGGCCACCCCGGCUUCAGUAUAAAGAGAGCAUACAAUG